AUGUCACUAACACUUUUUACUAAUGACAAGAGGAGAGAAUAUUUAGGCAGGAACAGACCAGAAGGUCGGGUAGGACAUUCCCUACAUCAUUACUAUGAGUUAAGCGCAACGGAGGAUGUGACUGGUUCGUCGGGAAGAGACGAUGAUGAAGAGACGGACCAGACGCGCUCAGCACACCGGAUGGACGAUGCGUACUCAUACGCGAUAAAGUCUGGGUUUAUUUCAAGUCAGGAGGAAUGUAAAUAUGGACGGGCUGAAAUAAGCGCUAAAAACUGUGGCUAUGAUGUGGAUAGCGAAAUAGGGGAGAGUAACCCGGAGGAGGCAUACAAGGAAGAGAAAUUAUUCACCCAAUGCACUAACAGUGGAAAGCAUUACAUAAGUAAUGAGGACAAGUCUCGUUACCAUAACAGGUUCAUCCAUGGAAGGUAUAAAGUUGUACUCUUCGGGGGAGGGCUACCAGAAGAGGAGUUUCUAAAAAAUUACGCAAACGGAUGUGCACAAGCCAAGGGUGACGAAGAAGAUGUCCCCUACAGUAAAUACAGUAGGAUGUCUGUAGAGAAUUCUCUACAAAAAACGUUUAACGAUUUAUACAUUUGUGAAGAGGAAAAUGACGAUUUCGAAAACUGGGUGAAAGUGAAGACGCAUAAUGUGCCUGAAGGAAGGGCAUUCCACUCGUCUUGUGUCGUAAAUCUGGGGAUAAACGGUGUUUUUUUGUUUAUUCACGGGGGGAAGGUGAAGAAUGAUAUGUUAGCGGAUGACCGACUGUGUGCCUUGAACUUGAGCAGAAUUUCAUAUCGUGCUGGGCGAAGCCGGAGCGGCAGCAGAUGUAGUGGGGAACGGGAAGGGGAGGACGAAAGUGACACCAGCGACAGCCCCACGGUAGAAGAAAACAACGAGCAUAAUCGGACGGAGUGUAAUGAUCAUUCGGAUAAAUCUGAGGGAGAACAACUUCCCGACGGAAACCCUAUGAAUGAGAACCAACAUGGCUUCGCUAACAAUGCGGUUAUGAAAGAGGAUCCUAAUGAAGAGGACAAGCAGGGUGACCCCCCAAAUGAGGGCCCUCAAAAUGGUGUAGUAAAAAAAGAAGCAGAAGAGGAUGUAGUUAAAGAAGAAGAAACGCUUGGCGAAAACUUAACGGGGAGAGGCAAAAAUUGUGAUGCCCCCGGGGGGGAGGACAACCUUGACGUGGAUAUUGGCUCAGCUUCCCUGAAGGAAGAAUCUUGUAGUGAUGCAAAACCUGAUGCGACAAUGGAAGGGGCUCCCCCCCAAGAAAGUAACGUGUUAACCAAUCAGAAGAAGAGGAAGUGGUCUUGCGCAUCGUCCCACUUGUGCUCUGCAUCGAGCGGGUCUGCAUCUGGCGAGUCUGCCUCGGGUGGGUUCGUCUCCUCCUCAUCGUCCUCUUCUUCCAACUCGUUGCCUGCAUGCGACUCAACCUUCUUUCGGUCCAGCUAUUACCGCAAAAGGGAUAACCAAUUUGAUGAGGAGGAUGAAAACGUGCUUGUGAAUUCGCGCGUUCCAGUUAAAAGUUUGCUGCUCAGGGGAAGCAACUCCUCGUGUGGUAGUGCUUCCUCCCCCUCCGAUGAAGAUUCAGAUAUGGACGCAGAGAAAAAUGGGGAUUAUUCCCUCAGAAGGGUUAAGAGGACAUGGGUCCACAUCCAAACUGUGGGAAGGAAGCCAAGCAGUAGGUUUGGACAUACCCUGGAUUUUUUAUAUCCCCAUUUAGUCCUAUUCGGGGGAAACGAAAAUGUAUGCGAUGAUGAGGAAACUUCUUCUUAUAAAAAUGACCUCUGGGUGUUGAACAUAAAAAAGGGAAAAAAAAAAUAUACAAAAAGUAGAAAAUGUGAGAGGAAAAAAGUUCUUUACUUCCAGUGGGAAGAAGUAGCGUACCAAUUUGUGGAUCCCUUGGGGAGGUACUUUCACGCCACGGCCGUAUGGUAUGACGUGGAAAAUAAAACGAACAACCUGAUUUUGUACGGAGGAAAAAUGAGAAAGAAGACAAGUGUAAGUAGCAGAUUGUUGGUUUUGCAAAAUUGUGGGAAUAAAUGGAGGUGGUCCAUUUUGCCAGUUUAUGUGAACCCCCUGAAUGAGAACAGAGCAUGUCACGCCUUAAUCUCCGUCCACAAUCAUAUAUUUAUCCUCGGGGGAGAAGAAUACACGUGUAGGUAUAUCGAGAAAAUGCCGUCCGCCUUGUAUUCCUUUGAGUCAAAAAGGUUCCAAUAUAUUAACGACUUCAGUGCGAAGGCGUGUUUAAAAUGUUUUGCAAAAAAUGAGACAAUAUAUUCCUGGGGAGGAUUUACAGACGCAUCAUGCAAUCAGAUUUUUUUACCAAACAACUUUGUUACCAUUGAUGUAUACCCCCAUGUGAUGUUCAUACAAAUGAAGGAAGACCUCGCGGAUGAGUGUGAUGAAAACAACAACCUCGUUUUGAAAGAAGAACCAGAUUCAGACGACGACAUUUACAAUCGGAUGAAUAAAAGAAUAUUGAAAGUGCAGAAUAGGAAAAUGGAGCUGGAAAAGGAUCUACUCUACCAGGUGAAGCUAAAUGAGAAUUUGAAUUUUCGCAUAAAAUCUCAGAUGGUGCAGUAUCAGAGGGUCCUGCAGUUGCUAAAUGAGAAGCAGACUCAGAACGAUCAUCUGAUGAACGCAUUAGCCCAGCAGAACCUUCCCCUGGAUGGUGUUAACAUCGCUGCGUGCCACGCCCCAUCGCACAUCCUACCGAGUGGCAUUCCAUACGAUGUACCUUCUAGCAUACACCACAUCGCAUCGCAGGGCUCAUACCACGGGUUACAUGAUAUGCCUCUCUAUGAGGACAACCCCAGCAUGAACAUGAACAGCAUGAAUGUGAACAUUUGCAACAGCUACGGGCACUAUAACAAUGAGGACCUCCUCCAAAUGUCGAUAAGCGAACAGGACAACUUCGCCCAUUCGAUGGCUACCAACAAAAUGAACAUUCAUGCUAGUGGGUUGCACAGCGAAUACCAGUGCAGUGUAGUUGGGCACAACGUGGAAGCGAAGCAAGCAGUGAAUGACCUACCCGUUGGCGACGCGUAUGAUAAUAUGCUGCCAAAUGAGAAGGGUAACAAGAAUGUGGAGGAGCAGUUACCGUUCGGGGGAACGUCGCAUCAUGCUGAUGUACCGAUCAACCAAGUGAGCCCAGCGGGUGAAAACCCCCCAUGUGGUGGAGAGUAUCAGCCCGGCGAGGGAUACACCCCCCCUUGCGAACAGGUCACAACUAACCCCGGGAAUGUGCCCUACCAAACGUUUAGUGGCAUGUCAGAGAUGUGUGCCCCAAAUGGAGGACAACUCCCCUGGAACGGACAUACAAGUGGUUACUCCAACGGAGAAGUCCAUCCGUACAGUGAAAUGAAUCAACCGUCUGACAUGCCCAUAAAGAAUAGCACUCCUUUUGUGAAUGAUUAUUCCACGGGGAUUCCCCAGGAUAUGCCCACAAAUAACCUCCAGGAGAGUGGCACCAACAAUAGAAUUGGCAACCCUUUGUCAACAGAGACGGGCGUUAUUGGUAACGAAAAGGAAGGAAGCACCGUUACGGUAGCCAACAAUGAGAAUGUGCAAAUCCAGGCCGAGGGGAAUUGCCCAAACAGAGAACCGUCCAAUCAACGGGCGCGCCGAAAAACGGCCGCCAAGUGCUUGGAGCUGAUUGAGCAGGACAGGCUCAGCAGGAUGAUGAGUGAGAAGUAG